UGAUAGCCUCACAGGGACUCAGUGAAGGCUGAGAAUUCCGGCCGUCCUGUUGGCGAAAAUUCUCUUACACCUGUCACCAAUUCCACGUCGGGCUCUUUCGACACUUGACCGGUUCCUAAAGGAGACAGAGAAAGCUACUUUGACGAUUUUGUGUUAUUUUUAAAAGUUUCAGUGCUUACCUGUGGUUUCUAGUGCACUACACCAAUAGAAUCAACGAGUAACUAGAUUUUCCCCUUUUUUAUAUUCAAAAUGGACUGAAACAUUAGUCAAAGGUUUUCGUCGGCGGUACGGCACGGCACAGGCACUUUUGAUCAUGCUAAGUUGGAGACGCUGGAACGAUGGUUUAUUAGCAACGGCUGGACAAACGUCAUGAGCUGUUAGUCAUCAGUGAGAAAUAUGCCUUCGGACACUUGGCAGAACCGUUUGGAAGAACUGGUCCGAAUUGUACCGCUAUAAGACAAAAGGGUGCUAAAUAUUUUAUCCCCACCGUCAAUUUGGCUGAUGGAAGAGACCGUUGUUCAGUGGCAUUCCGCAGAAAAUGAAGGGUAAAUCUGGGGUAGGGACGAUGCUAGGAGUCAGGAGGAGGUCGACACUGUGGAAGUUGGUGUUCGUCCUCUUCGUCGGAUGGUUCCUGACGGCGCUCCUCCUCCUCUCCGACAUGAGGCCGCCUUGGACGAGCGAGCCGACCACACAGCAUGCGCCCCCACCACCCGCCUCACAGCCUGUCUACUCCGUCAAAUCAUCCCUCGAGCUCUAUGGAGAAAUGGGAAAACCUGUGAUACUUCCAUCCAAUAUAACCCAAGAAGUAAAGAAACUAGUCGAUGAAGGGUGGCAAAAGAAUGCCUUUAAUCAAUAUAUAUCUGAUUUAAUAUCUGUUCACAGGACACUUCCAGAUCCGAGAGAUCCAUGGUGUCUAUCACAGAAAUAUGCAACAGACCUUCCUCCGACUUCUGUCAUUAUUUGUUUCCAUAACGAGGCCUGGUCUGUGUUACUCAGGACAGUCCAUUCGGUUAUUGACCGUUCUCCGCCCCAUCUAAUUAAGGAGAUUAUUUUGGUUGAUGAUUAUUCCGAUAUGCCACAUUUGAAGCGUCAGCUUGAUGAGUACAUGGCGAUGUACCCUAAAGUUCAAAUAGUCAGAGCGACUAAAAGAGAAGGACUGAUAAGGGCUAGACUCCUCGGUGCAAAACAUGCCAAAGCACCGGUUCUCACUUACUUGGAUUCGCACUGUGAAUGUGCAAAGGGUUGGCUGGAACCUUUACUAGACAGAAUAUAUCGAGAUGGAACAACAGUUGUAUGCCCUGUCAUAGAUGUCAUUGAUGAUAAGACCAUGGAAUACCACUGGAGAGACUCCGGAGGGGUCAAUGUCGGUGGCUUUGACUGGAAUCUGCAGUUUAACUGGCAUGCAGUACCAGAAAGAGAAAAACAGAGACACACUAAUCCAGCAGAACCUAUUCACAGUCCAACUAUGGCUGGAGGUCUUUUUUCAAUAAGCUCAAAGUUCUUUGAGAAACUUGGUACAUACGACAGUGGUUUUGACAUCUGGGGCGGUGAAAAUUUGGAAUUAUCAUUCAAAACUUGGAUGUGUGGAGGUACAUUAGAAAUCGUUCCUUGCUCACACGUCGGUCAUAUAUUUAGGAAAAGGUCUCCCUAUAAGUGGAAGUCGGGCGUUAACGUCCUCAAGAGGAACUCCGUAAGACUGGCUGAAGUCUGGAUGGACGAAUUUGCAAAAUAUUACUACCAAAGGGUCGGAAACGAUCUGGGUGACUUUGGAGAUGUAGAACCUAGGAAACAAUUGAGAAAAAGACUCGGUUGUAAAUCAUUCAAAUGGUACCUAGACAACGUAUUCCCUGAACUAUUCAUUCCUGGUGACUCAGUAGCAUCAGGAGAGGUAAGGAAUCUUGGGUACGGAAGAGGCACAUGCCUGGAUUCGCCUGCAAAAAAGGCAAACAUGCACAAAGCUGUUGGUCUUUACCCUUGUCAUAUGAUGGGAGGAAAUCAGUACUGGCUCUUGAGCAAAACAGGAGAGAUUAGACGAGAUGAGGCUUGCCUUGAUUAUUCUGGCGGUGAUGUCAUCCUCUACCCUUGCCACGGUCUGAAAGGAAAUCAGUUGUGGAGCUACAACCCAGAUACAAAUCUCAUCCAACACGGAAGUUCCAAAAAAUGCAUGGGUAUUUCAAGCAACAAACAGAAAGUUACAAUGGAAGACUGCAACUCAGAACUGAUCCAUCUGCGAUGGAAGUUUGAGAACUACAACGCUUCCAAAGCUGCUAGUGCCGGAUUGAGGUAGUAAACAUAGAACUACUGAUUCGCCAGUGCCAUAAGUUGUUUUAAGUGGAGUUUAAAACGUGGAAUUUAAAGAAAAAAACUUCUCAAGGUCCAUUGUGCAUAUCAAAAUGAAGGCAGCAUUUUUAAAUUGUA